GUCCCCUCCCUCUCAGCAUCCGGGGCUAGCGACGUCGGCGCCCCGGAGCGGUUGCAGCUGCUUCAUGUGCUUCCAACCCCACCUCUGUCUAAAUCAAACCUGUCUACCACAAAGUCCCUUCUUAGGUGGUGUAACAAGACACACGACUUGAGCACAUCAGCAAAUCCUGCCCUGAAGUCUUUGGUUCUGACCAAACAAGGUUGUGAUUUGGAGUCGUGGAGAACCCACAUUCAGAAUGGGAGAAAGGACAGAUCGUGCGAAGUCUCGUGGUUCACCAGUUGAAUACAGCCCCGUCAAUAAAUCAGACAGGACAGAUCCAAGCAAUGGCUGUGAAACACAGGAUGGAAAACAAAAUACAAUGCAACUGAAGAAAGAAAUCUCUUUGCUAAAUGGGAUAAGCCUUAUAGUAGGCAACAUGAUUGGUUCAGGUAUCUUUGUCUCUCCCAAAGGAGUUCUCAUCUACAGCAGAUCUUAUGGAUUGUCUCUAAUAAUUUGGGCAAUCGGAGGGGUUUUUUCAGUCUUUGGAGCUCUCUGCUAUGCUGAACUUGGAACCACUAUUACAAAGUCAGGAGCCAGCUAUGCAUAUAUCUUGGAGGCUUUUGGGAGUUUCAUUGCUUUUAUUCGCUUGUGGACCUCACUCCUAAUUGUUGAGCCAACUAGUCAGGCUAUUAUUUCCAUCACCUUUGCCAACUACAUAGUUCAACCUUUCUUCCCUUCUUGUGAUCCUCCAUACUUGGCUUGCCGGCUCAUAGCAGCUGCUUGUGAAUGUCUUCUAACAUUUAUAAAUUGUGCCUAUGUUAAAUGGGGAACACGGGUGCAGGAUAUAUUUACUUAUGCUAAAGUCACUGCUCUUAUUGUCAUCAUCAUAACUGGGCUUGUUAAAAUAUGCCAGGGAUAUUCAUCACAGUUUCAGAACUCUUUUGAGGGAUCCUCUUUUGAUAUUGGAGACAUUUCCCUCGCACUCUACUCUGCCUUGUUCUCUUACUCUGGUUGGGAUACACUCAAUUAUGUAACGGAAGAGAUCAAAAACCCAGAAAGGAACUUGCCACUGGCUAUUGCAGUGUCUAUGCCAAUUGUGACUGUUAUCUAUAUUAUGACCAAUAUAGCUUACUAUACAGUGCUGGAUGUCCAAUCUGUUCUCUCUAGUGAUGCUGUGGCAGUGACAUUUGCUGACCAAGUAUUUGGUAUCUUCAGCUGGACCAUUCCCAUUGCUGUAGCUUUUUCUUGUUUUGGUGGACUUAAUGCUUCAAUUCUAGCAUCAUCAAGACUGUUCUUUGUAGGAUCUAGAGAAGGUCACCUUCCUGAUCUGUUGUCUAUGAUCCACAUAGGGAGGUUCACACCUGUGCCAGCAUUGCUCUUCAAUUGUGCUAUGACCCUUGUUUACCUGGCUGUAGAAGAUGUCUUCAAGCUUAUCAAUUACUUCAGUUUCAGUUACUGGUUUUUUGUUGGUCUGUCUAUUGCUGGGCAACUAUAUCUACGUUGGAAGGAACCAGACAGACCCAGGCCUCUUAAGCUGAGUGUGGCUUUCCCAAUAAUAUUCUGUUUAUGCACAGUAUUUCUGGUGGUAGUGCCACUGUAUAGUGACACAAUAAAUUCAUUGAUUGGGAUUGCCAUUGCUUUAUCUGGAAUUCCAGUCUUUUUCUUGGGAGUCUAUUUACCUGCAUCCAGAAGACCUCAGUUUAUCAACAAGAUUUUAGGUACAGUCACACGAAAAGUACAGCUGCUCUGUUUAUGUGUUUUAACUGAGAUGGACUCAAAUGAAGAAAAGAAGUUAGAAAUAAAAUCUACCUAAAAUUCCAAAGCCAUUACAAGAGAGGAUAAAACAGUUAUGACAACAAAAGGGAAGACAUGGAACUGGAAAAACCGUGAGAACUUUUCAGUGGUCUUUCAGAAACGCUGCAAAUGUACUUAUCUUGCUGCUGGAUUCCCACAUAAAUUGUUCCCUUGUGUCACCCUCAUAAACUGGCAUAUUUUCAGGGCAUGUUUUUACUGGUUAAUGAUUACCUGUUCAUUUCAGGCACACAAGCUAUGCAUCAAUAUUGUUCCCUCUUCAAAAUUGGUAUUAAAAUGGUAAGAGCUAAUGGAUCAAAAUUAGAUUUCUGCAGAACCAGGCAGCCUUUUUAAGUUAGACUGAAAACCACUUUGACUCAAAAGACUGAAAAUCAUGUCCAGUUUAAUUAUGCUGGAUGUUUGUAUGAAAUGAUUUGCUGUGCUAUUUCAGUUCUUAUCUCAGAACUGACAGCUGGUCACAACAAAACUACCUAAUCUGUCAUUAUUAGCUGAAAAUUAAUAAAGUUGUCCUUUACUGUUAAAGCCUGAACCAACGUUUCCCUCCUACAGAUAUUUUAUUCUGUACAUGUAUGGAUAUGUGGUAUCUGACUGUGUCAAAGAUUUAAUCAACAAAACACCUUGGCAUUAAAGAUUUGAUUACCAUUUGACUAUUUUUUUCCUUUUAGGCUGUUUGUACCUGGUCAGCUUCUGACAGACUUUAUGAAACUUCCAAAAUUAAAAUGUAGUUUGAUGCCUGUAAGCAUUUGUUUCUGAACUGUUUCAGUAAACAGACAUCAGCACUGCUACCUCAACCAUCAGAAAAUUCCCUUUAUAAACUUCAGUGCUGUUCACUAGAAAGUAACCAUCCAGAAACUCACAGAACAAAUCACACCCUUUUUUUUCACCUGAAGCAGAAGUAAAGUUCUGUGGCAGCAACCUGAAUUUCAAAAGCCAAGUAGCAGGGAGUGAAAGUAGGAAUAAAAUCAUAAAUAGAAGUAGUAUUUCAAUACAGACUGAUGCUAA